UGGUUAGUUGUCAAAAGACGUCGAACGGGGAUGGUCUGAAAAAAACAUUAAAAGAGAAAAAUAAAAUUAUAGCCGGGGGGUUACUUUUCCAAAAAAUACAUUUUUUCAGUUUACCUUAAAUAGUUUUUCGUUCGUGAUUCCAAUGAACGCGACACUUAGUGCUUAAAAACGGGGUCAAUCGCCUGUAUAAAAAAAAAACUUACGUCUCGUUACACCUCGAUUCAACCUUACAGAUCAAAAUAUCGUCGUCGUAGUAAACACUCACGUGUAAAGUGUGGUUUCGUUUUCUAUUAUAAAAAAAAAACAACAUGAACGCAUCAGAGCAAGGAUUUAAUCCGGCGUUUAAUAUAACAGCCAUAAAACAAGUUUUAACCGAAGCUGUUGAAAGAGUACGAAUGCCGACCCCAAUGCGUUUACGAGACCUUAUACGGCAAAUUCGAGCUGCUAGAACGGCAGCUGAAGAACGUAGCGUAGUUAAUAAAGAAUGCGCAUGUAUUAGAUCAACUUUUCGUGAAGAAGAUUCCGUUUGGAGAUGUCGCAAUAUUGCAAAACUUCUUUAUAUACACAUGUUGGGUUAUCCCGCUCAUUUUGGUCAAUUGGAAUGCUUGAAAUUGAUAGCAAGUCCACGUUUUACCGAUAAAAGAAUUGGUUAUCUUGGGGCAAUGUUGCUUUUGGAUGAACGGCAGGAUGUACAUCUCUUAAUAACGAAUUGUUUAAAAAACGAUUUGAAUUCAACUACACAAUUCGCGGUUGGUUUAGCUUUGUGUACAUUGGGGGCUAUCGCUUCUCCAGAAAUGGCAAGAGAUUUAGCGGGGGAAGUUGAAAGAUUGAUGAAGUCGCCGAAUGCUUAUGUAAAAAAGAAAGCGGCAUUAUGUGCAUAUAGGAUUAUUAAAAGAGUUCCAGAGUUGAUGGAGAUCUUUUUGCCAGCAACCCGAAGUUUAUUAUCAGAAAAAAAUCACGGGGUGUUAAUAACUGGAGUUACCUUAAUCAUUGAGAUGUGCCAGAAUAGUCCUGAUACCUUAGAACAUUUUAAAAAGGUUUCCAUUUCAAACAAUCGCAGUAUCGUUCCAAAUUUGGUGCGGAUAUUAAAAAAUCUUAUCCUGGCCGGAUAUUCACCAGAACAUGAUGUUUCCGGAGUUAGCGAUCCAUUCCUUCAGGUGAAAAUCUUAAAACUUCUAAGAGUGUUAGGCAGAAACGAUCCAGAUGCUUCAGAAGCAAUGAAUGACAUUUUAGCUCAAGUCGCAACAAAUACGGAAACAAGUAAAAAUGUUGGAAAUACAAUUUUAUACGAAACGGUUCUAUCGAUUAUGGAUAUUAAGUCAGAGGGAGGAUUGCGAGUUUUAGCUGUGAACAUUCUCGGAAGAUUUCUAUUAAAUAACGAUAAAAAUAUCCGAUACGUUGCUUUGAACACUUUAUUAAAAACUGUUCACGUUGAUACCUCGGCUGUCCAAAGACAUCGUUCGACGAUUUUAGAAUGUUUAAAGGAUCCCGAUGUCUCAAUAAGGCGACGCGCUAUGGAAUUGUCGUUUGCUUUGGUUAAUUCGCAGAAUAUCAGGACAAUGAUGAAGGAGAUGUUGGCGUUUUUAGAUAAAUCCGAUCCCGAAUUUAAAGCUCAGUGCUCUUCGAAAAUUGUUCAUGCAGCCGAGAGAUUUGCACCAAAUAAACGGUGGCAUUUAGAUACUUUAUUAAAAGUAUUAGUAGCUGCUGGUAAUUAUUUAAGAGAUGAUGUAAUCACAUGUACAAUACAACUAAUAUCGGAAAGUACACCUCAACAAGCAUACAUAACCUAUCAACUUUGGAAGGCUUUAGAAGAAGACACAAUGGAUAAACAACCUUUAACGCAAGUUGCAACAUGGGCUAUUGGCGAAUAUGGUGAUUUAUUAUUAACAGGGAACAUAGACAUUGAUAAUGAUGUCUUUGAAAGACCGAAUGAGGAUAAAGUAAUCGAUGUUUAUCAACGAUUACUUUGGUCACCUCAAAAUACGCCCACAACCAAACAAUACACCUUGUUAUCAUUAACCAAAUUAAGCACGCGAUUUCCAAACAGUAAUCAUAAAAUCCAACAAAUUGUUAGUUCGUUUUGUUCGAAUUUACACAUUGAGUUGCAACAACGCGGCGUUGAAUUUACCCAAUUAUUUGGAAAAUACGGACAUUUAAGACCUGCCUUGUUAGAACGGAUGCCUCCAAUGGAACCUACAAGUAAAGAGGGCGAAAUUCAAACUAACGGAGAUAUCGAAUCUCCAGAAACUAAAGUCGAUGAUAGUCCAACUCGUAAUAUCAAUAAUGAUUCAAACGCGUUGUUGGAUUUAUUGGGUUCAGAUCCUUCUGAUAUGGAAAUAAUAAAACCAAGUAGUACAUCGAUUCCAAUUCAACCCGUUUCGAAGAGUAACAAUCAAGAUUUGUUGGACUUAUUGGGAGAUUUAGAUUUGUCGCCAUCGAUUCCACCUGCAGACACCGGAUUAACAUUAAUAUCAGAAAACAAUAAUCCAACCAUUCCAAUCACAAAUACAAACUCUAAUUUUCUUACCGGCGAUUUCUUUAAUACCAACAUUACAAAUGAGAAAAAUGUGCCUAUGAUAACUGCUUUUGAUAAGAAUGGAUUAAAAAUAACAUUUUCUCUUGAAAAAAUCCCUGAUACAAAUAACACAUUGUCCAUAAACGUUUCUGCUACCAAUUCAACACUGUCCAAUAUGACUGACUUUUUAUUCCAAGCAGCUGUACCAAGAACAUUCCAAAUUCAAAUGUUAUCGCCUUCAGGAACUGUGAUAGUUCCAAACGGUGAAAUAACACAGAUUUUAAGAAUUGUUAAUCCCAAUAGGAAUAUUUUAAAAAUGAGGAUACGAAUUUCAUACACAAUCGGUGGAAUGGCAGUUCAAGAGCAAACGGAAGUUAAUAACUUCCCAAACACCAUUUGGGAUUGACAGGAAACGGGGUGAAAUCUUUUCUUUUGUGAAUUGGUGAAUUAUGAAAUUAAAAAAAUGAGAUGAAAGAAUAUCUAACACGUGGAGAUAUAUACAUACAUAAUUUUUUCUAUUUCUUAGAUUUAGUUAUUUUUUAGUGAUAUAAUACUGUAAAUAUACAUAAAAAAAGGAUACUUAAUUAUUAUAUAUGAGGCCUUUUGUAACGUAAUUCCUUACUUUUCUCAAACUCGUUUAUUCGCCCCGCAUUAUAUUAUAAAAAGAAGUAUUUUGGCCAGAAUUAUUACAUAACCUAGUAUUUUUUUUUCUUUUUUAAUCACCGUUUAUUUGAUUUCUUUAAUUCUUGCUCUGCUUUGUUGAUAUGUUAUCAUGUUGUUUGCGUCCAUCCUUAGAUUUAAUAAUAAAAAAAUGUAAAUAUAUAUUAUUAAAAACCA